CCAUGACAUCGGCAUCAACAAAAAUUGGCAGUUACCAUCAUGAGCCUUCAGCGCGGACAGAGUCGCCCGUCAGAUGCCAAAGGACUCCUUUUUGCGGGCUUUAAUCAGCCGAACGGCGACUGCUUUGCUGUAGGGCUUGAUUCAGGCUUUCGGGUCUUCAGUACCGAUCCACUGGAGGAAAGAGUACGGAGAGACUUCGCAGAUGGUGGUAUUGGCGUCGUGGAGAUGCUUGGGCGGACAAAUCUGCUUGCCCUGGUCGGAGGAGGACGUAAUCCGAAGUAUCCGCAAAACAAAGUGAUCAUAUGGGAUGACCAGAAGAGAAAGCCCAUCUUUGAGAUUGAGUUCAAGUCGGAAGUGAAAGCAGUCCGUCUGCGGCGGGACAGGAUUGUUGUAGUUUUGGAAUCCCGUGUCCAUGUGUACUCUUUUACCACCCCACCGCAAAAGCUUCACGCCUUCGAAACAACCUCAAAUCUGCGAGGGCUAUGCGCGCUGUCGACCGCUUCCUCCGAUAUGGGUACCCUGGCAUUCCCCGGUAGGUCCGCCGGACAACUCCAAAUCGCAUCCCUUCCCCCUUCUCCCGACUCGACGCCAAAGAUCAAUCUGAUCCAAGCACAUGCAAGUGGCCUAAGCUGCCUUGCCAUGUCUGAUGACGGGACACGAUUAGCGACAGCCUCAGAGACCGGGACUCUCAUCAGAGUCUGGAACACGGCGACUGGAAGUCUGAUUACUGAGCUUCGACGAGGUCUUGACCGAGCAGAGAUAUACUCGAUUGCGUUCUCACCCAGUGGCGGAGAUUCGCAGAAGUUAUGCGUCAGCUCCGACAAAGGCACGAUACACGUCUUCCACUUGCCUCCACUCACGUCCUCGGCAACCACCUCACCAAUAAGCCCCGUCUCACCCUCUCUUCCAUCCAACUUUGAGAAUAAAAAGUCACUAAUUAGCAUGCCCAUCCUCACGUCCUUCCUUCCAAGGUAUUUUUCUUCAGAAUGGUCUUUUGCACAGGCUUCCGCAUCGGAUAGCUCGAAAGUUGAAGAAGGAACGCGAUGCAUCGUAUCGUGGACUGGAUCUGAUGUUAUUGUGGCGGUUUGUGGGGAUGGAGGUUGGCAUAAAUUCGUGGUAGAAGAACCGCAGCCUCAUACUGGAGGGAAGGGUGGCAAAGAUGGCGAGAGGGGAUGCAGAAGAGAGGCCUUUCGGAGGUUUUUGGGUAGAGAUGCCUGA